UCAGCAAUUGGACAGGUACUGACAUUAAUGGAAGAUUUUGGCGUCAAACCAGAUGUGAUAACAUUCAGCACCAUCAUGAAUGCAUGGAGUACAGCUGGACUCAUGGACAGAUGCAGAGAGAUCUUUGAUGACAUGGUGGAGGCUGGUAUAGAACCUGACAUCCAUGCAUAUAGUAUUCUUGCAAAAGGUUAUGUGCGUGCACGUCAACCAGAGAAGGCUGAAGCUCUUCUAACAACAAUGGUUGAUAUGGGUGUAUGUCCGAAUGUUGUGAUCUUCACUACCAUCAUCAGUGGAUGGUGCAGUGCAGCAAAAAUGGAAUAUGCAAUUAGAGUUUUUGAGAAGAUGUUGGAAUCUGGUGUCUCUCCCAAUGUGAAGACGUUUGACACGCUGAUAUGGGGAUUUGGAGAAGCAAAGCAGCCAUGGAAAGCAGAAGAAAUGCUUCAAACCAUGGAAGAUAUGAGGGUCCUGCCUGAGAAGAGCACAAUCCAGCUUGUUUUAGAGGCUUGGCGUGCCGUUCGUUUAGUGAGUGAGGCCAAUAGGUUCUUGAGUACAGUAGAUCAGGAAUUGCUUCUUCCCUCAGAUACGAAGGAUGAGAUACCAGUAGACAGCUUGGAAAGGAUUUAUCAGAGACAAGAUCUGAUAGCUCCUUAUUCCAAUCAGUUGCAGGUACCAGGGGUAGUCAUGAGCGAUCAACAAGGACCAACAGCUGCUAACAAAAGAAGCCGGAUGGUGUUGAGAGAUACAGAUCUCUCAUCAGAGAGUCUCUGGUCUGCUACUAAAUCCAUAUUAUCCACCCACACAUGUGGGUUUGGGGCAAAUUCACCAAUUAUAUGCCGGAAGCAAUCCCAAGUUCACCCUGGAAUAUAUGGGCAGGUUGUAAAUUCAUGUAGACUGGUGUUUCUGAAUUGAGGAGAGGCAAUCAAGCAGUCAGUCCUUGCAGAACUAUAGACUUCGAGUCAUGGCAACAUGUUGUUUCUCUUUUUUUUUCUCUUCUGAAGGGCAUCCUCUGUGCACUCAUUCCCAAGAAGUUCAGUCACUUGCUACCCAUAGUUGCAGAUAGCAAAGAGAGCACCUUCAACAUCAUCAAGAAUCUUGUAGGGUGCAUCACAGAAAUCUCCUUUCCUCUAUAAGCUUCCUAAUUGUACAAGUUACUUGCAGCAUGCCAUUUAUUUGCUUACAAUGCCCAUGUAUAAAUUGUCAAUUUAUUUCUGAAACCAAUAAGAAUAUCAUAAUAUUGAUUGUACAA